GUGGCGGAGCGAGUGAAGCUGUCGAAAACGCGCUCCGAAUCGCUGCCAGCGGAGAGAUCCGUCCUCGGCUCUGAAAUCAGCAGCAUCGGGGUGUCCAGUAACGUGGCUGAACACCUGGCUCAUUCCCUUCAGGACUGCUCCAACAUCCAGGAGAUCUUCCAGACGCUCUACUCGCACGGAUCCGCCAUCUCCGAGAGCAAGAUCCGCGAGUUCGAGGUGGAGACGGAGAGACUCAACAGUCGUAUAGAGCACCUGAAGUCUCAGAACGAUCUGCUGACCAUCACGCUGGAGGAGUGUAAGACUAACGCCGAGCGGAUGAGUAUGCUGGUGGGGAAAUACGAGUCCAACGCCACCGCGCUCAGACUGGCCCUGCAGUACAGGUACACACACACAAACCACCUAAACACACUCACAUUCUGCUCGCGAGAGCAGGCGGGUGAAGAGAGCAUCACACAGAUCCUGAAGAAAGCUCACGAUAGCAGAAAGACAGCAGAGAUCGCAGCUAAAGAUCUCCUGACGCGUCUGGAUGGCAGCUGCGGAGCUGCGUUUGCAGUCAGCGGCUGCAGUGUCCAGCCCUGGGAGAGUCUCUCAUCCAACAGCCACACCAGCACCACCAGCUCGACGGCGAGCAGCUGUGACACGGAUUUCUCCAAAGACGACGAGCAGCGUCUGAAGGACUACAUGCAGCAGCUGAAGAACGACCGGGCGGCUGUCAAGCUGACCAUGCUGGAGCUGGAGAGCGUCCACAUCGACCCGCUGAGCUGCGACGUCAAACCCCGCGGAGACUCGCAGAGACUCGACCUGGAGAACGCCGUGCUCAUGCAGGAGCUCAUGGCCAUGAAGAGAGAGAAGAAGCUGAAGGGUCGUGUUCAGGAGUUGGUGGCGGCGUUAGAAAGACUGACUAAGAGCAGUGAAGUCAGACAUCAGCAGUCGGCGGAGUUCGUUAACGACCUGAAACGAGCAAACAGUAAUCUGGUGGCGGCGUACGAGAAAGCCAAGAAGAAGCACCAGAACAAGCUGAAGAAGCUGGAGUCUCAGAUGAUGGCGAUGGUGGAGCGGCACGAGACGCAGGUGCGGAUGCUGAAGCAGCGCAUCGCUCUUCUGGAGGAGGAGACGUCUCGACCGCACACCAGCGAGACCUCGCUCUGAACUCGUGAAAACUCACGAAAACUCACGAACACGAGACAUCAUCCAGACAUCACCGUCUCAGCAAAAACACACACAAGUCAUCAUUCUGUCAUCUCUUCUGAGGAACACGAAAGAAGACGUUUCUCGGGAUGUUCACGCUGCUCUUUUACACAACAGCGACUGUCCAGAAACAAAAAGCAUCAUAAGCCUCAGACGUGCUCGUUUUGUCAAGAAGGAGACGGUUUAUUUUAUACUGUUCAGUUUUUCCAAUUUAUGAGGUCACAGUUUUUAUGCUUUUAAUAUUCAAACCGGUAAUUAUAAUGAACGGCAAAAAUCCUCAUAAUUAUUCGUAAUCUCAGAAUGAGUACAGCAGCUGGUUUAGUUUAAGAAUUAUAUUUCAUAAUCAUACAGUGUAGAGAAAUAGAGUUUUGAGCAAUAAAUGAGAUUAAACUCUCAGGCCUCACGGGACUAGUUAAGCCUCUGAUGAAAAUUCUGUCAUCAUUUACCCAGUUUCCUAACAUCUGGUAAUCUGUGCUGGGUUUAUGAUCCAUAAUCAGAUUUAUGAACUGUAAAUACAGAUUGCAGACAAUUGAAGGCCGCAAAUUAUCAAUAUGAAAUGAAUUAUUGAUUUGUUAAAAACCACUUAGACAACUUAUAUUGGCUGUUGAGAUGUUAAACAUCUAUAUAUUAUGUUAUCUGUAAAGUCACUUUACA